AGGGAUGACAGAGGUAUAGAUAUAUCGAUGGUGGUGGAGCAGGAAUACAGCACGUGUUGUGUGUGGUGUGGUUACACUUCUGGAUUGAGACAUGGUGCGGUUAAAGGAAGAGCUGGCUCUGGCCGCGGUUCUCUCUCUGCUCGUCGUUGUUUUAUCGACUAUGCAGAAAGCAACGGCUACUCCCUCCUGGAUAUUUGAGGAAGAAGCUCACAUGUCUGGUGUUUUGAUCAUUGGAAUUCGCAAAGAUGCCCGGUCCCACAUGCUGCACCUUUCUAGGAACAAGCGCUACACCUUGACCCCAGAGAAGCUGAAAUGGGACAAAUUUAGGCUUACCUACAAACUGCUGUCUUACCCAAGGAACCUGAUGAAUGCCAGUGACACACGCCGGGGCAUUGCCAGGGCCUUCGCCAUGUGGAGUGAUGUCUCACCUUUCAGCUUCAGAGAGGUGCCUGCUGAUGAAGAGGCGGAUAUCAAAAUUGGUUUUUACCCAGUAAACCAUACAGAUUGUCUGCAGUCCCACCUGCACCACUGUUUUGAUGGCAUCACAGGUGAACUGGCACACGCUUUCUUCCCCCCCACUGGAGAGAUCCACUUUGACAAUGACGAGUACUGGAUUUUGGGGAACAUGCGCUUUAGCUGGAAGAAAGGGGUCUGGCUGACUGACUUGGUGCACAUAGCAGCUCAUGAGAUUGGACAUGCACUGGGUCUGAUGCACUCGCAGAACCCCACAGCCAUCAUGCAUCUUAACGCUACUCUGACUGGGCGAAAACUCAUAACACAAGAUGACGUUUGGGGUCUACACCGACUUUAUGGAUGUCUGGAUAGAUUAUUUAUCUGCCCUGCCUGGGCCAGGAAAGGCUACUGCGAAAGCAAAAGAAAGCUUAUGCAGAAGCACUGCCCACACAGCUGUGAUUUCUGUUACGCCUUCCCGUUUCCCACACUUGCGCCGACUCGGACACCGCCACGGACCAAACAUAAGCUGGUGGCUGAGGGAAGAAAACUUACCUUCCGCUGUGGAAAGAAAAUUGCUUCAAAGCAGGGAAAAGUGAGCUGGUAUAAAGACAGCGAGCUGCUGGAGUUUUCUCAUCCUGGCUACAUCACCCUGAAGGACGACCACAUUAUCAUUGUGGCUAACGCUAUCAACGAGGGUACAUACACCUGCAUCGUAAAGAAGAAAAACAAGGUUUUGACAACCUAUUCGUGGAAGGUACGAGUGCGCUUCUAAUGACGAGCCCAGCACAAAAUGAGAUGGUGCUGGACGAAUCCAAACACUGGUUCUGUCCCAAACCAGUGCAACAUUUGCUCUACAUCAUAAUCUGAAGUCUGUGAUUAAGUGCUGUAUUUAAGAAAAUGGAACAGAGGCAAAACUAUUGAGAUGGAACCUCAUUUACCUGGUACACAAUCUACUACAUUUAUAUGUAAAAGCUAUUAUCUGAUGUCAGGGUUGUUACAUAUAUUGUUUUUGUAAACGUGUUUCCUCGGGUGCUAAAUAAAACUACUU